UCCAACUGUAAUGGCAUUAAAGGGAAGUCGCAUAUCUAGGUGCAGAAGGAAUCAUGGGCAUAAGGUAUGCGACUAGCCGUGGCUGACAUGGAUAAAAAUGAGAUGGGCUCUUUCUUUUCCCACAACAAUGAAGCCAUUUCCUCUCUACUUCAUGCCCUCACGAUUUGUCCAUCUCCACGUCAUUCACGUAAACUACUUAUCUGGCCGCCACUACUGUAUGAGAACAAGCGAGAGAACUCAUAUUUGGAGAACAAAUCUUACAAUUCGACCUACCGUAUUAUCUAAUUCAGUCAGCCAAGCGCGUGCAAUUAUGAGACUCACGUCAGCCACCACAGUCUUGAUAUUCCACGAAUAGCCAGAAUCCUCCAACCGAACCGCACCAGAGGCUGAAGCACGUUUACCGGAGGGUUGCUGUGAUGAGGCUCGAUAACCUACCGCGGAUUUUUCUCCUCUCAACACAUUUAAAAUCCGAAGAACUGCAUCAUCUCGAAGAACGAAUCCCGACAUUGACGUAUGACAUCAAUGAGGCUGAGAUCGUGAUCGGCAAAAUAUCGCAGCAAAGACGCGCCGAGUUUGAGCUGAGAAGGGCAAAACUCGAGUUUGUCUCUGUAGAGAAACCUCAAAAAGAGAGCCAUGAAUCUGAUUCUCCAGUUGUGGCGGAUGACUCAGGUGGUAGUCCAGAUCCUAAGCGGAGGAGAAUCAAGGAGCAAUCCGAAAUUAGGACCGACAUAGUCAAGGUUGUUAAACUUGCAUGGCUCCUAGAUUCGUGGAAGGAGGAAGAACUCUUACCCAUGGACCACUACUUGAUCUUCCAGUGUAAUCGAGUCUCGCCUCGUGAGACAACACCUGCACCUGUCUUUGCAUCUGUAUUACCGAAAGGCUCUACUUCACCAGCUAGUAGUAUUCUGGAGCGUGCCCUUCUUGAACAGAAAGCGCAGUCAACAAGCACCUCACCAUCUAAUCGGCACAAAAGACGUCAUGAUGCCUCGACAACACUAUCGAAAAAUGCACCCAGUCUCCUUCAUCAAACGACAUCGGAACAUGACAUCACACUCCCUGUGAUGCCCGAGUUUCUAAGGACCACGUAUUCGUGCCAGCGACCUACAUACAUGAACCCCCCGAAUGAAGCGUUUGUGAACAUCCUCACUGAAAUAAGAACCAUUCGUCAACUUCGAGAGGAUGAGGUUGGCGUGAGAGCUUACUCCACAUCCAUUGCUUCGGUCGCUGCGUACCCUUACGCACUUAAGAAUCCGCAAGAAGUCGCACGAUUGCCAGGUUGCGGUGAUAGAAUCGCCGAACUGUGGCAUCACUGGAAGGAGACAGGCGAAUCAGUGGAAGUACGCGAAGCCAACGCCGACCCCAAAAUUACAGUCCUCAAGCUCUUUUACAACAUAUGGGGGGUUGGGGCUGUCACCGCUCGCGACUUCUAUCAAAAGGGAUGGCGAGAUCUAGAUGAUCUGGUCGAGUUUGGAUGGAACACACUCAGUCGCUCGCAGCAACUUGGCGUCAAAUAUUACAACGAGUUCUUGCUGGGGAUCCCCCGAGACGAGGUUACGUCCAUUGCCGCCGCAAUACUGGAACACGCCCGCCUAAUUGACCCAGGAUUCGAGAUGGUCAUUGUGGGUGGUUAUCGGCGAGGCAAGCAGCAAUCUGGCGACGUUGAUGUUGUCUUGAGUCACCGAAAUGAGAACAAGACGCUGAAUGUGAUAGCCCAGAUUGUCGUGGCCCUCGAGAAGGCCCAACUCAUCACACAUACACUGACACUGUCCACUCACAACUCUGAUCGAGGACAACGCCCGGUGUCAUGGAAAGGAGAAAAGGCCAACAGCUCAGGCUUCGACACACUCGACAAGGCUUUGGUGGUGUGGCAGGACUCCAGCAAAAACGAUGUACCGCAUCGACGUGUUGAUAUCAUUAUCAGUCCGUGGAAGACGGUGGGGUGCGCAGUACUGGGUUGGAGUGGCGGUACAACAUUCCAGAGGGAUAUACGACGAUAUUGCAAAAAAGUCAAGGGAUACAAGUUCGACAGCAGUGGCAUACGGCGUAGGGCAGAUGGCAGAUGGGUUGAUCUUGAAGGAACCUCUGGAGGUGAUGAGGCCCCUGAUAUGGAAACAGCAGAACGGAGAGUCUUUGCAGGGCUGGGUCUCCAAUGGCGGUCACCUGAAGAGAGGUGCACUGGAUGAGUAAGAGCGAGUUAUAUUGAACUCGACCCCCCUGAUGUUUCUGGAAAACGUCAGACCUCCAGCAGUUGGUGGAUCAUAUGGAGUACCCUGCGGAGUUUUGGUUUGUACCUGCAUUGG